GGCCCGGCCGUCCGGGCCAAUGCUCGACCUGGAGGUGGUGCCCGAGCGAUCGCUGGGCAACGAGCAAUGGGAGCUCACGCUGGGAAUGCCAUUGGCUCAGGCUGUAGCAAUUCUCCAGAAAUACUGUCGUGUCAUUAAAAAUGUCCAGGUUCUCUACAGUGAACAGGCCCCUCUUAGUCAUGACCUCAUCCUUAACCUGACUCAGGACGGAAUCAAACUACUGUUUGAUGCUUUCAAUCAGCGGCUAAAGGUAAUUGAAGUUUAUGACUUGACUAAAGUGAAGUUAAAAUAUUGUGGUGUCCAUUUUAACUCUCAGGCAAUAGCUCCAACCAUUGAACAGAUUGAUCAGUCCUUUGGAGCAACUCAUCCAGGAGUGUACAACUCGGCUGAACAACUCUUCCACCUCAACUUCAGAGGAUUAUCUUUCUCUUUUCAAUUAGACUCGUGGACUGAGGCUCCAAAAUAUGAGCCUAAUUUUGCCCAUGGCUUGGCUUCUCUUCAGAUUCCUCAUGGAGCAACUGUGAAACGCAUGUAUAUCUAUAAUGGGAAUAGUUUGCAAGAUACCAGAGCCCCGGGCAUGCCUCUCAGCUGCUUCCUGGGAAAUGUAUAUGCAGAAAGUGUGGAUGUUUUGAGAGAUGGAACUGGACCCUCAGGUUUACGACUCCGCCUACUUGCUGCAGGUUGUGGCCCAGGAGUAUUAGCGGAUGCCAAGAUGCGAGUAUUUGAACGCUCAGUGUACUUUGGAGAUUCGUGCCAAGAUGUUCUCAGUACACUAGGCUCUCCACACAAGGUUUUUUACAAGUCAGAGGACAAGAUGAAAAUUCAUUCUCCUUCUCCUCAUAAGCAAGUUCCGUCAAAGUGUAAUGACUACUUCUUCAACUAUUUCACACUUGGGGUGGAUAUUCUCUUUGAUGCGAAUACACACAAAGUGAAGAAAUUUGUCCUGCACACCAAUUACCCUGGGCAUUAUAACUUCAACAUCUAUCACCGCUGUGAGUUCAAGAUUCCCCUCACCAUCAAGAGAGAAAGUGCUGAUUGCCAGACUGAGACCUGCACAACCUAUAGCAAGUGGGACAGUAUCCAGGAUCUCCUUGGGCAUCCUGUAGAGAAGCCUGUUGUGCUUCACAGGUCAUCUUCACCAAAUAACACAAACCCAUUUGGAUCAACCUUUUGUUUUGGACUACAGAGAAUGAUAUUUGAGGUCAUGCAGAACAACCACAUCGCAUCAGUGACCCUGUAUGGCCCGCCCAAGCCCAGCACACAAGUGAGGAUGGCAGAGCUCCCGUGAAGGACGGCCCUCCUCCUGAGCUCUCCCCAGGCCUGACCAUACAGCGUGCCUUGACUUGCUGCCACUUGUAGUGGAGGGAGCACUGAGCGGGUUUUUCUUUCUUUUUACCCUCCUGGUGGCAGUGCAGAGCGGGUAGCCCUCGACUCUUGCCGAGAUGUGGAAGCCUUGGUGAAGGAACUGAACUUACUGGUCGGAGGGCUUUUCCUCCCGGCCUGGUCGGCCCAGCCCCCAGGGGGCAGGAAGGGAGGGGGCGGGCAGGGUGGCACAACUGCUGAGGGCACAAAGUGACUGCAAAGAUGUAGAAGCACAAACUCUGAACUCUGAAGCAUCCGGACACAGGUAUCCAUUAGUCUGUGUGUUUGUGUUGCCGUGUUGAUGUAGUAGUCACAUUUAAGAAAGCAAAGCUAUAUCUACUUAUACAUAAAAACCUAUAUCUACAUAGAGAGAACAUACACAGUCGUCCUGGGGCCCCAUGGGACAAGUGUGCAUAUGUGUCCCGACUCCUGGCACUGUGUGAGUCUCUGUGUAACUUUCAAACUACAAGCAAGUCGCAUGUGCGUAUUACUUGAUUGUGACAUUUGCACUACAUCCACUUUAAUGACUUGAUAACUAACUGCAUUAACCCUGAAGAGGUUCUUCUGUGGCCUGGACUGGCUGGCGGCCAGGUUAGAAUUCCACUUAGAUUCGCUUCAAAGCUUAGAUAGAAACACAUCCUGAAGAGCAAGUGAUCCCAUUCUGUUUCCACUUCUCCCUUCCCCAUGGAAGCCAUCGUUGCCGGAACGGUGCAUCUUUUCCGUUGUUCCCCUUUUCUCUUUUGGUCUAAGCCCACCCUGCCCCUGGGCAGAGUCUCCUCAAUGGUACUGGGACAACCUGGGGCCCCAGAGCUCGAGCCCCUACCGCUAAGAAGGGGAUAGGGGAGGAAUGAGGAGCUGCCCCCUCCUGGGCAUGUUUUCAUCCUUCCAUUCCUUCUGCAUCUUUUAUUUAAUGCCAAAGUUUUCGCCAAAGACAUCCUCUUCCUCUGUUACAUUUCAGCAUUCUGUACAAUUUGUUCCCCUAACCCUGUCUGAACAGGUUUCUUAACCCAAGGAUACUGACAUACUCUUCCAGCUGGGCCGGGGAGGCUGGGUCGGGGACUUGGAACCCCCGUACAGGUCUCUUUGGGGAAAAGUAGAGUCUCUGAAAAUAACCCUUUUUAGGAGAGAAAAAACAAAUUGACAAGAAAUGUAUAAUUUUAUCCCAUUUUUAAUAUUUUGAUGUAGCAACUUGUGAUACAUAGACAACAAUUUUGUGAGGUUUUUCAAAUGUGUGUACAGAUUUUUGUAAAUAAGACAUUUUUGUAAUUUUAACUCAUGUACAGUAUAAUCCUAAAUAGUUUACUGAUGAAUGAGAAAGUAGACUGGUACCUAAUGUUUUUGGAUCCAGGACCAGGAGCAAGGGGAACAUUGCUCUGUGUGUGUAUGGGCGUAUGUGGGUGUGUGUGGCAUCCCUGUUACUAUGUCGUCUUCCCAUGGGCUGUGACAUUCUAGACUGUCUGGCUGAAGCCACAGUUGGGAAUCCAUCUGCCAAGGGCCAAGAAAAGAAAGGGCUGUUAGGAGCCACCUCUCUCGUAGGUGACCCCUUGCCUGCUUCCCCCUCCUGCCCUGCCAUCCCUCCUUGCCUUCUAAUCGUCUUUGUUCUGUGGCCCCUGUACAUUCCCCAGAGGUGCAUGUGUCCCGAAAGGCUAAUAAAGUGGAGCUGUCCCUCAGGCACUGGCUGGUGCACAGCACAGUGACUGAGUGUGAUUGCUUUUUGGUCACA